CCAAUCUUCCAGUUUCUUUUAUUGGAAGAUUGGUUUAUUUCCUGUGAAUGAUAAACAUUUUUAAACUCUACCUCACUUUUUUGGACAUCAACCCCGUCUAGAAUACAUUCGAAAAAUGUGUUGAAGUUAUUAUUUUGACAUUUGUUAGUCACACAUUCUCCUUACAAAGGAAAAAAAAAACAAAUAAAUUCGAACCACAUUUGGUGUCAUCGCGUAUGCUUGAGCUAAAAGCAACUUGAAUGGAUAGAACUAAUCCCGGUUAUCGCAACAACAGAAAGUUGUUUAUUUUUAAAACUUAUUUUAUAUUUUUUAUAUUCGGACUAAUAACUUUGGCCGAAUAUGCCGCAUUCAUAACGGUCGGAGUCCUCUCGAACUUUUUUCUCGUCCACACUGAGUGGGUGGUGACCUGUUUCUCCAUGGCUCUGUUGCUCUUGACCAUAUUUGUGUUUGUGGAAAAUGUGCGAUAUGUCACUCCUCUCAGCUGGCUGCUGGCGAUGAUCGUUGUUGAGGGAUUCAUUUUGGGUCUGGCACGAACCAUUGUCCAUAUGUCCUUGGAAGAGCUGUUCAUUUGUUUUGCUUUUGUAGCUGUCGUGAUGGGGUGUUGUAUGUUGUUGGCCACUUGCCUGCCUCAUGAUUUCACCCUGGACGUGAUCAUUAUAUUUGUUUUGUCCUUCAUCUUUUUUAUUGCUGCAGUUUAUUUUGUCACUUUGUUUGCUUUGGCCCAUGUGGAGUUCUCCUUACACAUCUUUAGCGGUUUGGUGACGUUCAUCGUGUGCAUUUUCAUUCUGUAUCACACCCAAACUAUCCAUGGCGGUCGAUAUGCCGAACUGCGUUCAGGCGAUUACAUCCUAGCCUCUCUAAUACUCUACAUUGAUUUUACGAUACUCCUACUAUUGUCUUUCUACUUCGUGCCAAAAGUAUGGAACUGCCUUAUCAAGAACAUGUGAAGAUCAUGCAAAGGCGAUGAUUUAAAAGAAGAGAUUUCCACAUUUAUAAAACUUGAGAAACUAAUUAAUGAUGUUGAACAUUCUAAAAAUUAGCAAUAAAACCUUUCUAAAUGGGUAUGGUAAAUUGCCAUACAAACAAAUAAA